AUGCCGUCGCCAGCCGCCUCCGUUCCUAUCGAUAAGCAGGUGUCCCACCAUCAAGCUUCCUUCAAGCUUCACCAACUUCCUUCACCACCACCACGACGACCAAAGUCAUCGCAGCACCAAUCGAGCACAAUGAGCCACCAGCGAUACCCAUCCCACGACCCCGUCAAGGAGCCGCACUCCGUCUCCGUCAAAGUCCUCCGACUGUCACGACCGGCCCUCGUACCGCAGUACCCGAGCUCACCCCUCCCAGCUACCAAGGAGGCCUUCCUCCCGUCCAGCCUGUCCUACAAAACGUCGUCCACCAACCCGGCCCCGUUUCUGCUCAGCCCGAUCCUCAACCUCCCCGUGUCGUUUGGGUCGGCCUACGUCGGCGAGACGUUUAGCUGCACGCUCUGCGCGAACAACGACCUCGUGACGGCCUCGUCGUCGUCAUCGCCGGGCAAGCGCAUCCGCGACGUGCGCAUCGACGCCGAGAUGAAGACGCCCGGCCCCGGGCCCGCGCACAAGCUGCCCCUGGCGAGCGGCGCGCCGGCGGACCUGGCCGCGGGCGAGACCCUGCAGAGGGUGGUGUCGUUUGACCUCAAGGAGGAGGGGAACCACGUGCUCGCCGUGACGGUGAGCUACUACGAGGCCAGCGAGACGAGCGGGCGCACGAGGACGUUCCGCAAGCUGUACCAGUUCAUAUGCAAGGCCAGCCUGAUUGUGCGCACAAAGGUAGGGCUGCUGGGGGACGAGGGCGGCAGGAAGAGGUGGGUGCUGGAGGCGCAGCUGGAGAAUUGCAGCCAGGACGUGAUGCAGCUGGACAAGGUGGGCAUGGAGGCGGAGCGAGGCCUGCGGUGCGAGGGGUGUAACUGGGCCGAGGGGGAGAAGCCGGUCUUGCACCCGGGGGAGGUGGAACAGGUGUGUUUUGUGGUGGAGGAGGAGGAGCGGGAGGAAGAGAGCCGUGCGGAUGGCGAUGCGGAUGGGAGGGUGGUUUUUGGUGUUUUGGGCAUCGGCUGGAGGGGUGAGAUGGGGAACAGGGGGUUUUUGUCGACGGGGAAGCUGGGAACGAGGGUUGGGUGA